GUAAUAGACGGUGAAUAAGAGAUUAAGAUGGAGGGGAUUCAGCACAGAACAGUGAGCGUCAAUGGCAUAAACAUGCACGUUGCAGAGAAAGGAGAAGGCCCACUGAUUCUCUUCCUCCAUGGCUUCCCUGAUCUCUGGUACUCAUGGCGUCACCAGAUCACUGCCUUAGCCGCCCUCGGCUACCGUGCCUUGGCGCCGGACCUCCGCGGCUACGGCGGUACUGAUGCGCCGGAUUCUGUCUCCGACUACACUUGCUUCCACGUGGUGGGGGACCUCAUCGUGCUGCUGGAUGCGGUUGCGCCAGAGGAUAAGGUGUUCGUCGUGGGUCAUGAUUGGGGCGCCAUCAUUGCUUGGGACCUGUGCUUGUUCAGACCGGACAGGGUGAAAGCCUUGUUCAAUUUGAGUGUGCCGUUCAUCCCUUACAAUCCACGGUUUAAACCGGUCGAAACAUGGAAAGCUUUCUUUGGGAAUGACCAUUACAUCGUCCGGUUUCAGGAACCCGGAGUAAUGGAAGCGGAGUUUGCAGAGAUUGGUGUAGGAAGAGCAGUGUUGGAUCUGCUAUCGUACCGGGUACCCGACCCACUUCUUUUACCAAAGGGAAAUUUGUUCGGACAUCCACCGGAUGCUCCGGUUGACUUGCCGCCGUGGAUGUCACAGCAAGACGCCGACUACUACGCCACCCAGUUCGAGAAAACUGGCAUCACUGGUGCUCUCAACUAUUACCGCAACUUUGACCGAAACUGGGAACUGUCGGCGCCAUGGUGGAAGAGUGAGAUAAAGGUGCCGGUGAAAUUCGUAAUGGGUGACCUUGAUCUUGUGUACACGAUGCCGGGGAUGAAGGAUUACAUACACAAGGGAGGGUUCAAAAGAGACGUGCCGUUGCUUGAAGAAGCACUAGUGAUUGAAGGAGUUACCCAUUGGAUCCACCUAGAAAUUCCUGACCAAAUCAAUCAACUCAUGUUCCAUUUCUUCUCCAAAUUCCAUUGAAAUCAUGUGUUGUAUUCUCAAAAUAACUUUGUUUUUAUUAUUCUUCAAGCUCUGUAUUUUUCUUUCCGGAUAUUUCAAAGUAAUAUUACUUUUGAGUGUUUUUUUUAA